AUGGACGGAGUCGAACGCAGCGGCAAAAUCAACAAUGCAGAUGGCGAUUGGUUGAUGGUAGUUGUGGCGGAAUUCAAGGAUCCGUCUCAGUGUGAAUAUAUAAUCAACACAUCUACGUCCAGCACGAAAUCCGACCUGGUUGGGUCGCGUCCUGGAGUCGCGCACAGACUGGAACCGCCUGAGGAGAAAAAUGGCGAAGAUCUUUGA